UUCAACGUGAUAUGUAACAAUUUCAACGCUUGUGCAUUCGCGCAGCAAAAAACCAUUGUUUUUAUUACAUUUAAUACAAAUAAACGAAAAUAAAUACAGCAAACUCGCAUUUCGAGAUUCAAUCGAAUUUACUCAAUUUUUGUUCGCUUCAUCUGUAAAGCAUUGCAUUGAAAUAUAUAGUGCAAAAAAAACUUGGUGAAAGAAGUGAAAACAGAACAAAAGAGAGAAUUACGAAAAAAAAUUGUCUGGAAUCGUGUGCUGCAAAAGUUCACUGCCUUCCAACGAAAAAAAUCUCUCAUCACACAUAGAUCGAUUGCAAUGGCAACGAAUCGAUGGCCCAACGGUAGAUCCACAAACACAUAUCACAACUUCAUCAUGCGGUUAUACGUAUUACUAAUUUGUCGGCUUUCGUUUGAUUUAUAUCAUGUUGCUGCUCAAGACAGUGCAUCGAAUGAGUUUUCGCCACAAGUAUCAGCUACUUGCAGAACCGGCAUAAUGAAUAUCAAGGUUGCAUUUAACAAUUCGUAUUCGGGUGCGAUUCAUACGCGAGAUCAUCGGACAUCAUCGUGCAUGCAAUUCGGCGAUGGUUCGAAUACAGUCAGCCUAAGUUUGAAUUUACUGGCCCGCGAAAAAGAUCCCGACUAUUGUGGCAUCUUGGUACACAACGUGAGUGGUGAUCGAUCGGAAGAGCGAUCCGUUCAAUUGGCGGUGCGAGUACAUCGAACACUCGAAUUAGCUGAUGAUAAAUUUUAUGUGAUUACUUGCGGUAAAGCAGGAUUCAAUCGCGAUGAAAAUUCCGUUGUUGUUCUUAAAUUCUUGGAAAAUCAACGUCGGGUUCGCGAAACCGUGUACGGUCGAGAGUACGCCGUUAAAGUUGAAUUAACUCAACCAAAUGGAACACAUGGCAUUAAAGUUAAAAAUUGCUUUGCAUUCAAUAAAAAGAACACAAGCAUUCCGCUGAUCGAUAACCGAGGAUGCCCAGUCGAUCCACUCAUCAUUUCCAGAUUCGAAACAAACGCCGAUCGUACACAAGCAACAGCACACUUACACAGUAUGUUCAAAUUUCCCGAAGGUUCUGAAGUUCAUAUUCAAUGUGAUGUUGCACAGUGUGUAGGCGGAUGCGCUGAAGAAGUAUGCCCGGGCGAUGUGUAUACAGCUUCAUCAAUAAAAGGCGGAAGACCCGGCAACAAAGUUGAAGACGGUUCAUCAUUGGCGGCGACAACAGUAUUUGUAUUAGACCCAGAUAAGGCACCACAAGUACUUUCACCAGCAUGCGAGGAAGGAAGCAUUCGACCAUCAUGGUUACUCUGGCUAUGCAUAACAUUAGGUAUUUUGUUCCUCAUUAUGCUGCUCAUGAAUAUUUUCCUGUGCACAGCGAUGAGCUGUAGUUGUGCACGAACAGAAAUAAUCGAGAAGGAACCUUCAAUAAUUGAAGAAUACGAUCCGUAUCGCAGUUGGCACGGCAGCCAAUAUGGUUCAAGAUAUUCGCUGCACGGACGUGAUGGACACAAAGGUUACACAAGCGGUGGAUCGACGAUACAUUCGAAUAGGUCGUUGCCAAAUGACACCGAUCACUAUGCCAUUGUGCAUUCAAGGCCUGGUUCAAGACAUUCGGGGAUCGUAAACGGUGGUCAUCGAAGCUUACGUGGAAACCAUUGAUAGUCUGCGCGCACACACAAACCCAAACACACAACGAACCCUUCACACAUGCACAACCAAACCACCCGCACCACAAACUCUGUAUACAAUCUCCAACUGAAAACCGAAUCGCACACGAAAUUCCUGCAAAAAUUCUCGAUUUUUUUUUUCGUUGUCAUUCAACACCUGGGGAAACGGCACAUCCAUUGGAAUUAUCUAGACUAAAUUUUAUGUGCUUUUUUACGCAUUGCACACAUACACACACAAAAAAUUGUAUAUAAAAUGGAUUUUCCUUUAAUAAUUUAAGCAUUUUCGGCUUAAUAUUUGUAUUUGUUUUUAAUUUUUGUGGCAUUCAUCAUUUCUAUCUAUUUUACUUACUGGCUAUGUGUUUAAUGUCCUUACAUCACACCUACUGUCACAUUUAGAUUUUAAACAAAAAACAACAACCAAAACUCACAUAACCACUUCUAUAAUCAUACUGAAUCUGAACUAACCAUAUCUCUGUUGAUUGCACCAAUGAUGCCGAUCUUUCCAAUAUUUAUAUGUGCAAUUGUAAAUAUUCUUUCUCUUUAUAGUCUAUUUUCUUUACUCUUUAUGAUUUCACAAAUUUUUCUUUUUCAUUUUUUUUUUAAUCGUUGGAAAAUGUAAAUUCUUUUUAAUUUGAAUAGUUUUUCGAUCAUCUUGACUCCAAAAUUGUAAAAAUCCAAAUCGAAAUCAGUGUUUUGAAUGAGAAAUAAAAAAAACUGUCCCAACUGCUUUCGUGUCGUAGAUUCUAAGUCAUUGUUAUGUAUGAAGUUAGGCUAAGUACUAGAAUUUUAAUGCAACUAAACUAAUUGGAUUCGAUGCUAAAAACAACAUAUUGUCAAUUACAAUUAAAACAAUUUUAUUUAAUAAAAAAAUACAAAUCGAAAUCUUCA